AGUUUGUAUGUUCUUUGAUUUUAGCUUUAAGUAUCGGACAAAGUGUUAUGAAGAUUGAUUGACGUUGAAGCCUCUUUAGACACUGUUUCUUUUUUUUAAAUGAUUGCAUUGUUUCUCACCUAACACAAUUCUCGUCUACUAUAGACAGAUGAGGUGACUUCAAGCCCUUGGGGUUCAAGUUGCUCACUCAUCCUUGAAAUCCAGUGCUGUUCACUAUCAUGAACUCAUUGACGCAAAGUGAUCCCGUAAGUCUUUUGUACCAGAAAAACAUCUUAAGUUCAUAACAUUUUUGUUUGGCUUGGUAGUGAUUUACGUCAUAAACAUUAUAUAUGUAUCUUAUUAGCCCAUAUAUGAACUAAUAUAGAGAAUAUUAUUGAACUUAAGAUACAUGUAUAAUGGCCCAUAAUCCUUAAAUAUUGAUCAAACCAAAAUGUAUAAUAGUAAAUAAUAUAUAAAUUUGUUUCAUAUUAAAGAAUUAAUAAUAAACAUGUGUAUCAUAAACAAUAUGUCGUCAUCACAGUUCGCUAUCUUUUGCGUCAUCUGGAUUGCUUUAUCUCCUCUUCAUGAAUUUGUCGAUGCAGCUAAAGGAACUUGCAACCAAACCACAUGCCCAAAACUCAAAACCAAAGAUAAGACUUGCAUUUGUUGUUCCUCCGAUAAGAGAUGUUACCCGACCAAACAAAGAUGUGGAGGUUGGUGUGCAUAAAUUAUCUCGAGAAGGUACAUCAAGGAUUUAAGAAAACCUGAAUAACCAUUUUAUUUAAUUCUUUCUAAUAUCUACUUUUGUUUUGUAUGAAUAAAACAUGCUUAUCUGGAGCCCAACAAAUACAUAUGCAUAUUGUAUUUUUGUUAAGAGACUUUCAUAUUCUAUUCUAUGUAAUGCGCAUAAGUUAAACUUGUUUUCUCUCCUUUUGUUUUAGUUUGUUAUUAAUUUCUUAAAUAUUUUUUCGGGUUAAUUAGUAACAAUAAGUUUUAAAAAUUUAUAGUCUUUGUGGUAAAUGAUAUGUUCUUUUUUCUAUUUUCUUAUACACUGUAUCACUAGAACUUUUGAGCAAGGAAAAGAAACUAUAAAAAUAAAAUUUUGUUACUUAGUUACUGCCCCAUGUGAUGCAAGGUAUCACUACGCUAAUUGUUACUCAGCUACUGCCCCAUGUGAUACAAGGUAGAAUUAUAACGGGAAACGGUAUUGCCGCAGACCCUGUUUGGAUCCCGAGAAUGUUUUUCACACCAUCUGACACAAAGUUUCCCUUUAGAAUGCGUCGAAGACAGUUUCCAGCCACGUUGGCUUUCGCGAUGACCAUCAAUAAAAGUCAAGGUCAAAGGCUGCAAAAUGUUGGUUUGUUUCUACCUAGACCAGUGUUCUCUCAUGGCCAAUUAUACGUUGCACUUUCUAGAGUUAAGUCGAGGUCUGGAUUAAAAAUCCUAAUAAGAGAUAAACAAGGGAAGCUGCAGACAAAAACAA